ACCAUUUAACACAAAGCUCUGUCUCAGAUUUAAAGGAAAGUCCUCACAAUGGAGUACAGUGAACUCUCAGUAAUAUUCCUUCUUCUUUUACUUUGUAAAAGUGCUGAGCAAUGGGAGCCUCAACUAAGUCCGUACGGACAAAAUGUUCAACCAGUUACAAUUUCCUACCAAUCUAAAUAUUACCACAGAUGUGGGCUUUGGAGUAGAUGCUCCAGUUAUAGCACUCAUUACCAAACUAAAUACCAGUGUGUACCUGGGUGGCGUUCCCGUGGGAGUUCAUCAUGCCCAUAUGCUAUAUGUAAUGGAAGAACAAAUCCUACUGGGGCAUGUAAUCAGGUACAAGUGGUGAUGACAAGAUUUGAACCUUCUUCAUUGCAACACCCAGAAGGAAAAUGUAUGAGCCCGGAUAAUUGUGUGAAUUGUAACAAAUACUUUUUCAACAAUGGACCUAGAUGCACACCGUGUCCAAAGAUAGAAAAUUGCCUUGAGAUGCAUUGCCAUGAAACCGCUUCAUCAACGAUCUGUGCAAACUGUGAUGGAGUUGUGAGAGAUCUGCCAUACUACCAAGCUUACAUUCGGAGUGAUAACCUAAAGCGUUGUGAACAGGCUUGUUCAUGGCGAUCGGACAGCACGAGAUGUUUUCCUGGCUACUGUGAUGAAGGACUAGCGGUAAAUUGCAAAUGUGUGACAGGAUUUACUGGGAAACACUGUGAAAAGAUGACGGAGAAAGCCAAUAUUCUCUCAAAUUUGUUUAAAUUGAGAGCAAACCACUUAACGAUUGAAAAUCCAUCAGAUAUGAAUCUGGUGGAAGAGAAUUCGCCCAUUGUUUGGUCGAAUUCCAAACGAUGGAAAGAAGCAGAAACCGAAUGGGUGGCAAAAUAUGUUCUGAAGGAGAAACCCCAUACAGACCCCAACCACUACAUAAAACAGUUUGUUUACGGCAUUAUUGAAGCAUCAACGACGUUAAACUAUACAUAUACAACAAUAAAUGUUGUAGAAACAGUCAUUAAUAGGACGGAUUUGUUGAAUGACACCAACAUUCUUAAUGGUACAACAUAUGGUCUCAAUGACACAUCCUUACCAAUCAUUAAUGUCACUUAUGUUCCAAAAAAAGUCAAUAUAAUAGACGUUUUUGAGUGUCCGAAAGCUUCAAAUGUUACCCCACCAACAUCUGCAUUUGAUUGUCAAAAUAUGUUUUUACUGGAGUCAAAUUCACAACCUUUUAACUUCAGCAGUGGUGACACGUUGACGUUCACUCUUGAGGCCAUACUUGGAGGUCACCUGGUUAUUGAAAACAGAGAAAAAAAUGCAAAUGAAACCCAUCACUUUGUAGGGACAACUAAAACAUUGCAAUAUGUUUAUCGAUGGGACUUCAUCUUUCCUUAUCAUUGUUUUGAAGUUCAAGAAAUGACAGAUAAUUGCUCAGAUCCUUUAACAGUAGCCGAUUUAACAGAAAACCCACUUAUCACAAUAUCAUGGGAUGGUUGGCAGGACGACUUGGCAGGACUACUUGAAUAUCAUUAUGAAAUUCAUCCCAUAUCUUUGAAAAAAUCCAGUCUUGCAGAAACUGGUCCCCUGAAAGAAAAUGGAACAGGAACUAUUUUCGUCAAUCAUACUUCGCUGCAAUUGAAAUUGCCAGGGACAGCAGGAUUGUAUUCAAUACAUUUAAUUGCUUUUGACAAAGCUGGAAACUACAAAGUUACAAGGCGUCUUGUGUUGUAUGACAGCAAUUCACAUGUUUCACACAAUCCCUUCCUUGUUACCCGUGUACAAACUGGAUCCCCAAAGACAAACUUCACAUGGAUCGUACAUAAUACCACAUUGGUAAACGUUGUUUGGUCUGGGAGAUUCCGGAAUGCAUUACAUGACCAAAACAAAUGGUUAAAUGAAGUCGUGCCUAAUUUAGUCAUUCCUGAAUCUUUAGACGACCAUUACGGAGGACGAUCUUUAAAAAAAAUCAACAAUAUGCACGGUUGUGUUGAUUUUCUGACAGAGUUUUCUGUUUACGAUGGGCAAGGGUUAAAAGACAAUCAACCAUUAACUUCUGUGCAAAAUAUAAGUACAGAAUCGGAAAUACUGACUAUGAAUUGGUCUGAUGGCGACAAGGCACAUAUUACCGUAGUUGCAAAGGAUAUCUUUAACAAAACAUUAAAUGAUACGCUUAUAAUAUAUAGAGAUUCUACUCCCCCUAUCAUCAAGAAUCUUUGGCUGACAAGAGGAGACAGGUUUAACAUUAGUGUGCAUAGGCUGGAGGACUUCACAAAGAUGACGAUAGAAUGGAUGGCAUAUGAUUAUCACAGUGGUAUAGAUAGUAUCUAUUGGAGAUUGUAUGAUAAUGUCACAGGCGAUGAAAUUAUUCAUGGCCACGAAGAUCUAUUUGCACAAGGGUCUACAGAGCAUCAAGAAGAAUGCUUACGUAGGUAUGGAAACUACAGUAGGGAACCGAAUUGUUACCAAACCAACCACUGGGGAGCAUUUCAUAAACAUUUUCAAAUAAAACCGGAAGUUAAAAGAGAUGGAGGGCUAAUUCAUGGAAAGGACGUUGGUCUGCACGACUCUGACUAUUAUUUGGAGGUUAAGGCUACAAACAUAGCCUUAUUAUCUUCUCUGUUGACAAAGAAGAUAUCUAUUGAUAUAUCACCGCCACAUACCGGAACUGUUCAAGACGGCAUCAGAGGAACUGACGAGAUAGACUUCCAACAAAGCAAAACCCUGAACGCUUACUGGGAUGGCUUCUUUGACAAAGAAAGCGGUGUUAUGUUUUACAUGUAUGGUUUUGAUACCAAGACCAUUCCCGCAUCCGAAUUCAAGCUUGAUUCCAACAGCUCCAUUGCAAAGGAAACUUACUCGCUGCAUGCCUCCCAUACAGUUACGUUAGAAGGAACGUAUUAUGCCUGCGUGGUCGCCUAUAACCGUGCUCUUGAGCCCUCUGACCCAGUUUGUUCUGACGGUGUCACUGUCACCACAGAUGUUCCUUAUGUGACUGAGAUAGACAUAAGUAAUGCCCAUGUAAGAGAGGGAUUAGUCACAGACGUGGGGAGAACAAACUACUGGGUCAUCGGAACAAACAGACACAGACGAUUAAUUCAUAACCCAACACCAGAUUGUGUUAGCAAAGCUGUGCCUCUGUCCAACAUUGAACUGUUCCCAUUAGAAUAUUACACGAAUGGGUCUACUGUUCAAGUUAAUGAGUCGAUAGUAUGUGCCAACACAUCAGCAACAGUCUUAGUAACAAGUCCAAUGAUUUCCAAAUCCUCAAAUAUUAAAUUAUCCUGGUCUUCAAAUGAAACGUUAAUCCACGAUUAUGAAGUUGGAUUAUCUACACUUUCGGGAAGUACCGCUCCAGAUAUCAUGACCUUCAGAUCUUCCAAACAACACCGCCAUAUUCAUCUGAUGCACAUGGAUCUUCCAGAAGGAAAACCUUUCUAUUUCAUCAUUAAAACAACCAGCAAAUCAAACAUCAUAGGCAUUCAGUCGGUUGGACCUUGUUUUCUUGACACGACUCCACCAAUGUUUUCUCCACCCAUUACUGUCAGCCAUGAUAAUGGUCACUUAUUAAUAUCCUGGAAUAUUGGUAGUUUUAAGGACCCAGACGAUCCAUUUCCUCUUUAUUUACAAGUUGCUCUUGGUCAUAGUCCAAGAGGCACCGAGGUUCUGAAGUACUCCCCAGUUAUGGCCGGUGCCAGCUGUAGUAAAACAGAGCCACCAACAUGUACAACCAUUCCUAUAUCUGACACAGAGUGGGGACUGCACGGAAAUCAUACAUACUACGUCACUGUGAAAGCAGAGAAUGCUGCAGGACUGAUAACUUAUGGUGUGUCCGAUCCUUACAUUCAUAACGUUCAGCUUCCUUCAACUGGAAUUGUCAUGGAUGUAGAGACGAAUACUGGGAAUUUUUUCAUCGACAUAGCAGACAUUGAUUUCACAUCUGGAAACCAUAGUUUGUCUGCUAGAUGGACAGGUUUCUAUCAUGCAUAUAUUGGUGUGACCUAUCGAUUUCGAGCUGGAACGUCACCUGGAGCUUCAGAUAUAGUACCAGACAAGGACGUUGGAACAAAUACAUCUCACACUGAGAACGGACUCUCUUUAGCUGCAUUCAAAACCUAUUACGUUACAAUUACUGCUGAGUCAUCUGCUGGAUCUGUGAACGUCACAUCAGAUGGAGUCACUGUUGUCCAAGAAAACGCCAUCUUGAAUAACGUCACAGUCUACGAUGGAGAGCCUUGUGUUAAAGCAGAUGUGAACAUCUCUGCAAGAUUAGACCAUCAUGAUUGGAAUAUUCAAAGGAAUUGCACGACUGAUGCUGACUUCCAGACAUCGACGGACAGUUUAAGUGCAUAUUGGAAAAUUCCAGAUGAAUUAUUGGCAUUCACACCCGACGUGUAUUUUUCCAUAGAAAAGAAAUCUUUUUAUGGGGACGAUUGGACUUUAUUCCAAGAUUACAAAUAUAACCACGGUCACCAUCAGGCUCAUGUUACGGGGCUUCUGUUAGAUCCCGGGAGACUCUAUCGAUUUGUUGUAAAACUUUGUGCACGGGAGACGUGCUAUCAGCCAGUCCACAGCAACGGGGUCCUAGUUCUCGCAAACCCACCUGUCACGAAUACAAUACAUGUGCAACAUGACAACAAUUCAGCUUCCGAAACACUUACGGUGGAAUUGGAUAUGUUUGCGGAUCCUGACAUACAAAUUCCAGAGGAAAAAUAUGGAGUCGUUGACAAAUACGAAUGGGCCAUAACUGACCAAUCAGAAAUUGGUAGACUGCAUACUCGGUGGCACAGACUCUAUAAUUAUGACGUCAUACCCUAUAAAUAUAAAAUGGAAUUCACCAUUUUGUUAGAUGGUUUAUUCGAUUUUUCUAAAUGCCGAAGAUUGACAAUCCGUGGCUACAACAAAGCUGGUCUCUACUCAACCAUAUCUUCAGAAAUAAAGAACUGUAGCGCAUUUGAUCCAAUUCUAGUCAAACCAAACAUAGUAAUUGAUGCUGUGGGGACUCCCGAUCGAAGUAGAGACGGAUAUGGAGAAGCAAUCUUACUGCAAACAAACGCUAGAUGGCCACAUCCAGAUAAAGACUAUACUCCUAACAUGAACUAUAUAUCAGCUGUAUGGCCCACUCUACGCUACAAUUCCUACACUGUAGCAGUUAUCAUAGCACGAAAUAUGGAUGCCACGUCUUAUUAUCUCCCAUCGACCACCUUAACCAUCCCCGACCCUUGUAAUCACCCAGAUGCUAUCAAAUGUGACACUACAGAGCAUGAAUUCAUAAACGUGAAAUUUAAGGAAGGUGAACUUCAACAUGGACAACGUUACAUUGUUUGCAUUCAUACGGAAUAUACAGAAAUACAACAUGAAAAAUGGACACAGGUUUUACCUGAGAUAAACACAUGCAGUGAUGGUAUUGUGGUGGAUCUAACUCCACCGACCGCAGGAAAUGUUUGGAUUGGAACUCGGGGACAACGCUAUCAGAUUUCUACAACGGACAUGUUUAUAAGUUGGGACUCAUUUGAAGACGUUGAAGAAUUUCAAACGAUAUCACAUUCAUCUGGCAUACAAAACUACAUGCUUGGGAUAGGAACCACUGUUGGCGGAAAUGACGUAGUCGCCUUUUUCGACGUUGGUGUUGUGAAUCAUAAAGCUAUCCAUGGUCUAACACUACAUAGUGGUCACGGGUACUAUGCAACAAUUAAAGCAAUUGAUUUCGCUAGUAGAACUGCAGUUCAAACUUCGGAACCUGUUAUAGUUGACACGAGCCCACCAGUCAAAUUGGACAACCCAAUUACUAUCCCAGGACGUCACAUUACAUCAACAUCUGAAAUAGAGGCAUGUUGGAAAGACGUGUUCAGAGACACUGAAAGUGAAAUAGACUUCUUCAUGUGGUCUAUCGGUUCCCAGCCAGGGCACUGGGACAUCAUGGAGUUCACAAGAGAAAAUUCUGAAUGUGGAAUCAAUAACAAAAAUCGAAUGCUUGACAUAAAAGAAGGCCAUGCUUAUUAUAUAACUGUGAAGGCAUACAACAAGGCUCGUUUAAUGACAGUUGCAACAUCUUGGGCGUACAUCGUGGAUUUCUCACCGCCACUACAAGGAAAUGUCCUGGAUGUUUUACCUUCUGGACAGAGAAGCACUGAUAUAGAUUAUCAAACGGAUAUGUCCAGGUUAAGAGUGGUUUGGAGUGGAUUUUAUGAUCCCCAUUCUGUGAUCAAGGAGUAUUUUGUGACAAUGGGUACCUGCCCGUUCUGUGACGACGUGCUCCAAAAGCAGAGUGUUGGCCUUGUAAAUGAAAUAGAAGUUGAUUAUGUACAUAUUGGCUCUGGCUUAACUUACUUCACCACUGUGUCAGCAUGUAAUACGGCUGAUCUCUGUACCAGUGCUAUCUCAGAUGGUUUGAUAGUCGACAACAGUCCUCCGAAUGUUGGUGUGGUCAUUGAUGGGACUUCCUCCGAAGACAUAGAAUACCAAUCAAUCAAAAAUUGGAUUGGUGCCAAAUGGUACGGAUUUUCUGAUCCUCAGUCUGGAAUAUCUCAUUAUGUUUGGUGGGCUGGUAGCGCCCCUGGUGGAAAGGAUAUAUUACCAGAACAAGAAGUGCAUUUAGUUGAAACAGCAACUGCAUAUGAUUUUUCUCAGAAACUACCAGAAUCAAAGCGAAUCUUUGUGACUGUUAGAGCCUAUAAUAAAGCAGGAUUGUUUAUUGAUGCAAUAUCUAGUGGAUUUCUUGUUGAUGCAACGCCUCCCGUAAUCAGCAGUGGUCCAAAGUUUACCAAAGACUUUGGAUUGGUUGCAAGUACUCAAUUUUAUAGGUCAUCCCUAAAAGUUGAGUGGAAAGUAGCAGACCUGCAGUCACACAUUGAGAGACAAUACCUAUCUUUAAAAUCUCAUCAUGGAGGUGAAUUUCAACAUUCUUCAACACAGAUAAAUGGUAUCGCAAGGGACUAUAUUUUAAAUGAUCUGAAACUUCAUGAUGGCGUUACAUAUUAUGUAACCCUUGUAUCUUGCAAUGGCGCCCAGAUGUGCUCCUCUUCUUCCUCAACUGGUAUUUUAGUAGAUAGCACCCCUCCAAACCGAGGUACGUUUGCAAUACAAACAGACCAUUCAGUAGAUAAAGAUCUAAACCGCCAUGUCUCAGGGUUUAUGACGUGGUGGAAGUAUGCUGUGAACUUAGCCUGGUUAGGGUUUGCGGAUGCCCAUUCUGACGUUGUCAGUUAUUUUGUAAACAUCGGAUCAGCUUAUAUGGGUGCAGAUCUCAACGCUAGGGUAGGCAUCCCAAAAAUGAUAAACCAUUCGACCAGUGGAAAAGAUUGCUACGACGAGGGUAAAGUUCAAACAUAUAGGAUUCCAACUCAGAAGCUGGUGGGCCAUGAUUUUUUGUAUAUCAGCGUUUGGGCAGUAAACCAGGUAGGAUUGUCAAGUGCGAUAAUUCAUUCGAAGUUUAAGAAAUUACCCCAGGGGACAUUGUCGUUAGUAAGGCGUUGUGAAUCUGAGGACUGUGAAGGGCAAUGUGUGUGUGGUCCUCAAGACAAAGUGUGUCAUAAUAAUGGCUCCUCUUGUAAUGACGUCACAAUAGGAAAUCCUAACAAUUUGCUUCAAGUGAUAGACGUAAUGUUUGGCUCACCAGAUAUACACUAUUCACCUAGUAAUACCGUUCUUCAGGGUCGUUGGACCAUAGUUCACAGACAAGGCAGCAAACCGUAUAUGUAUCAAUGGAGUGUUGGCUUUACAGAUCAUGAUGUUCCAGUAGGGAUUUUUGAUCCUGAAUAUGAUCGUGUUUGGCAUGAUGCUGGGCAAUUAAACUUUGUAGUUUUUACCACAAAUCCAGGGCAUCGCCUGGAAGAGACAGUUUCCUUCUCUCUAUUUGUGAAGGCAUGGUACAACAGAAAUACUUACGCUGUAUUCAAAUCAAAUGGCGUAAUAAUCGACACUAAGAAACCAGCCGUUCAAGAUAUUCUUGGAAGUUCUAUUUCUGAAAAGAUGAUUACAAGUACAAUGAAAGACGAUGACUACACACGAGAAGGCAUUUCUAUGAUGGUGAAUUGGACGAAUAAAUUUUCAAACGAUAAAACUACCAUUAAAACCUAUCGUGUUUACAUAAGUACUACUCCAGAGGGUCAUGAUGUGUGGGACAGUGGUGAAGACUUGCCAAACACAGAAACAACGUAUUUAGUUCGAAGUCUAUCACUUUUACCCGGAGUCCGAUACUUUGUGAAUGUGAUCGCCUAUGGUUUCUCAGGAAUCCACCACACCGAAUCAUCAGACGGAUUUGUCAUAGACAAUACAAGACCAAUAGCGGGAGUAGUGUUUGAUGGAAUAGGAUUGCAUGAUAUGGAAUUUCAAAACUCUUCCAGUAUAAUCGGCGCCCAUUGGCAUGGGUUUUUAGACCUCGAAUCUGGAGUAAAAAAUUACUUUUGGUGUGUCGGUAACACGUCAUAUAAAUCCGAGUGCAGUAUAAGAAACUGGGAAAAUGUUGGUAUUCACACAUCUGUUUCGAGGACUCUCUCACAGAUGCUUGUUAAUGGACAAAAAUGCUACAAUAAAGUUUACGCCGUCGAUAACGUUGGAUACAAGUCUGACGUCAUUGUGUCUAAUGGCGUUAAGGUUGAUAUUACUCCACCGGAACCUGAAUACCUCUUUCAUAUUGACAACAACUUGCUGAAAAACCCUUCAUUUGAAUUAUAUCAAAGUUCCUUACAUAUAAACGACACUAGUCUUUAUGAUAUCUGCAGUUUAACUCCUGAUUUUAUCCCUGAUGACUGGUCAUUAACAUCUGGAAGUUGUGCAAUAGUCGUGUCAUCAAUAAAGAAUUUGGCUAGGGAUGGAAGAUCACUUCUAUUCAUGAGAGGGAGUGUGAAACAGGAAAUUGAAGGUCUAAAACUUGGGGGACUUUAUCAGGUUAACUUCUUUUCGAGUCAAAUCCCAUUGACGGCAGCAACCGCAUCAAAUAAAGAAGGGUUUCUUUCAGUUGGAAAAUCAAAACACGUGUUUCUUCUGUAUUCAAAAACCUAUAGACACGAUGAACAUGAACUAUCUUUAACUCGAGAAAUUGUUUCUUGGCAGAGACAUACGUUUUAUUUCACAGCGACACAUGAGAGAACGAUUUUAGAAAUUGGUAGCGCUGAUUCAAAGACCGGACUUUUUCUAGACUACUUAUCUUUACAAAACGUUGAGAGGAUUCGUAACAAUAGUGCAGAGUCUCAGGUAACCGCCCAUGUCGUGUAUAUUCACCAGUGGGGUUCCAUACACGGAGCCUGGAGUUUCUUUGAAGACAACAGCCCUAUAACAGAGUACAGUUGGGCCAUAGGAUAUACAAAAGGUGGGACGCAGAUACAACAAUUUACUAGCACAGGAGUUCAAAAUUUUGGAUACAAUUACAACGUCACUUUGAUUCACAACACAUUCGUCCACGUGACAGUAAUUGCGUCAAAUGCUGCAGAGCUUAUAGACAUUUCCUAUUCCAAACCUGUUCUUAUGGACUUGACGCCUCCUGAUAUUGUUUAUGUCUAUGACGGAAGAUUGUCAAACACAGAUGAAGAUGCUUGGACGGACAACGAAGUUGUAGUCAACUUUUUGGCAAACGAUGAAGAAUCUGGCAUUGACUAUUGCGAAUGGGCAAUAGGUUACCAGCCACAAGGUAUCGACUUACAAACGUUUUAUAGAUUGGGUACCGGAGAACAUUUAGCGUCCAAAGACUUUGACUACAGUGUUUUGGAAAGUAAAACAAUAUAUUCCACAGUCAGAUGCCAUAACCGUGCUGGAUUGUUUUCUUCCAAAUCAUCUGAUGGCGUGAAAAUUUCCAUUCUACCGCCAUCAAUUACAAAUGCAAAAGUAAAAAUUAUUCCGUUGUCAAUUACCGAAUACAGGGCUGGAAAUAAUUAUCAAAGUAAUGUUAACAAUGUAAAAGUUCAGUGGUCUGGAUUUGAAGACUAUACGGGAAUUGAACAAUUUAAGAUAACAUUCAUUGGUUAUGGUCAUGAAGCAACAUUUGAAGAAAAAAUGACAUUUCCAGUUGGACAGGAUAUCCAAUCUGUAGACAUCGUGAACAUGAAUAUGCCAGAAGGAUUAAAGAAUAUCACUGUCCAAGCAAUUAGUAAACUUUUGCUGACAAGCAGUCAGGUCCUUUUCAACGUAACAGUCGUUUCUUCUAAACCCAUAACGAAAGCAGGCAAUACAUUGGUUCAUUCUUGGCAUGCUGGAAGCGAAGAAUUUACAGUGUCCUGGAAGGAUGUCUUUAUUUCCCAAUACUCAUUGUUUUAUGAAAUUUCUGUUGGAACCGUUGACGGCGGAAGUGAUGUUCUACAGUGGCAGGAAACAACAUCAACGUCUAUGAAAUUUGGUUUACCUCCAGGUUUUGAAAAAUUUUCAAAAUUGUCUUUGCACGUCUUUGUUAGAGCCAUAAGUGCUGGAGGGACGUUUGAAGACAUUAAGAUUGUAAUCCAACAUAAAUGAUGUCCAUUUAAUUGAUUUGUUUUAAUACUUAAUUCAUAAUAGUUGGAAUAUACUUAAAAGUUUUAAUUUAUAAAUUAGAUAUACAAAAUCACUCAUUUGGUCUGUUUGAGAAGAAACCUACAUUUUAAGCAAGCAUGGUAAGGCAUAGAAAAAAGCUAGCUGAAUUUAUUUUCUUUUUUUUUCUAUCAACACAAUUAAAAACACAACUUUGUUGUAACGAAAGAUAAGUGACAUCUUACGUACAACUGCGAAUUUUGUGUUGAAACGCGGGUAUGAUAAGGCAACUCACAGCGAUCAAAUUCCUCUGAUCGAUAUGACGUCACAAUAAGCAGCAUAAUGUCAUAUUUUACUCAGAAACAUGUCGAUUUUAACUUUAUCUCUGGUUUAAAUUAUAAAAACUACAGACAUAAGAUAUCACUAGAAACCCUUCUAACUGAAUAUAUCUUCGAUUUCUCUCUAUUACGUAUAAUUAUCAUUGAUGACGUCACAAGCAUGUUUAAAAGAGAAGAUCAUGUCGGUAGACAAAUUAUCGGAAUGCAGUGUAAACAAUGCCGAAAUAAGACUUAUUUAAUACAGAUACCUAAGAUUUAGAUGAGUGUCAGUUAGAAUAUAAUCAGGAUAAUACAGGCAUGGAUAUUUUGUUUAAUCAGCGAGUGUUAUAAGGUAAGCGGAUCGACAUUUAUAUGGCUUGACCAGCCUUUCCUCUGUCAGUGUGUACAAAAAAUGACAAAAGUGUAACACUACCCCGGAUAUUAGGAAAGAUGAUUUUGGUAAAUAUCAACGGUAUAUGACCUAAACUACCUGAAAAGUGCUGCUAGAAUCGUGUGCUUUGUUGUUUUAAAAGAAAAAUACGUAGUAUUUUCAAUGAAAUUUUAGAAGUUGAGAGGGUUUCCGAUAAAUAUUUACAAUAUUUAUUUUAUGCGAUGUACAAUAGGAUUCUAGCAGUAAUACUAAUAAACAUGCACUUAUUGCCAAUCGAAUUAUUGUAGUAAACAUACAAAUGAACUUCGGGGUAGUGUUACACUUUUUGAUUUUUUGUUAAGGUAAAAAAGGGAUCUAUUUUUAACUGUCAUGUGAUACCAUGGCACGGCAGCUUCAAAGAUUGAGUCGAUUUCGAAGUAGGAAAAUAAUAUCUUGGUGAACUCUUUCACUUGGUAUUAAUAUCUCGCGCUGUUUUCAUAAAAAUAAACAUUUUUUAAAUUGAUCAUAAUUUUGACGGUCGUUAAACUCUGAGUUGCCUUAACCUACCUGCGAAUUGAUUUGAAUAUUGAUGGCUAAAGUUUUCCAUCCAAAAGUAUUAUAUCUUAUAUCGAAUAGAUGAUCACUGAAAUAUUAGUUUAAUUUUAAAAGGUUGUCAAAUAAUAAAGAUUAACUCUGGAAAAUGAUUAUGAAAAACGAAUAGUAAAAAAGUUGUCAGCUCUUGUAAUAAACAUGAAAAUCUAUGAGAAAAGAACAAGUUUUAAGUAUAUCUCUUAUUUUCUGACAAAUCUAUUGGUUUAAGGUUUCAUAGGAUUUCCCUUUCUGAAAAAAUGCUCAAAUUGAUGCAAAGCUUGCGAUACUUAUUAUGAAAUUGAUCUUCUUAAAAAUUUUCUUAAAGGGCAAACAAGUUUAUCAAAAGGUUUAUUUCACUAUAUACAGACUCAUUGAAUUUGGUUUACGUCAGUCUUGUUAGAAUUUUAAAAGACGAAUUUUUGUAGUUUAAAGCAAAUAAAAUACUUAUAUUAGGUUU